GCCAAGUGCCCCCUUGCUCGCCAUUACCCUCAUGGCAAUUUCGAUCCCCACCUCCCGCUCUAUCAUAGUAUCCAAAGAGAUUCUUGAAGGCAUUCAAGGUGCACACACUAUCAUUUCUCAGCUCAGCUCCUCGCGGUCAAUCACCAAGCUCAAGCUAAACAACAACCGACUAGGGGAUGACGGUGUAUCUGCACUCUUUGCAUUCCUCAAGUCUCCGGCGGCAUCACGACAUCGCAGUUCGAUAUCGGAAAUUCAUCUCAAUGAUAAUGAUAUAAGCUGUCGGGGUUUGCGCGACAUUGCGGACUAUGUGAAUGGGGAUGAAGUGGUACUGAAGACAUUGUGGCUCGCAAACAACACGAUAGGACCUGAUGCUGAUGUUCUAGCCUGGUUUGCUACCACAGUAAACCACUCUCGACUAGAGUUCCUUUCGCUCACAGGAAACCAUAAGCUUGGCGAUGCUGUCGUUGAGAUCUUCUUGCGUCACCUGAGGGCACCCCGCCUUCGGGAGUUGCAUGUCAACGCCAUGGGACUAACUGCCCGCUGUGCAUCUGGACUCGCAGAGUGGAUUUCAUCGGGGCAUACCGGCGGAGCGUAUUCCCUGCACACUCUCAAAUGUAGUGGCAACAACCUAGGGAUCAAGGGCGUAUGGGAAGUUAUUCGCGCGAUCGAGAUGGGUAACUGGUCACUCAUGAACGUGGAAGUGUACGCGAACCAACUAGCGGGCACAGAAAUCCCGAAUGACAACUCUCACAUUCAACAAUCAGAACAUUUGUUAUCCUCUGAAACGGAGGUGUCAUGGAAGGACGCGGAACGUGCUCUUCAUCGAGUGCUUCACCGGCGAAACGCUUAUUGGAAAAGACAAGUGGAGACGGAGGCAUUGAGUCUUCUAAAGUACUCCCGGACACUCAUUCUUCGGUCUAAGGCUUCUCUUUCAUCCACGAACAAACACCCUACCAGUGAUUUGGCCAGCGAAUCGUUUCCAUUUUACGAUCUUCCUAUGGAGCUACGCCUCCACAUCCUUGCGGUCCUCGCUCCUUCAUUAUCUUGUGCCCAGCGCACCCGUAUCUAUGAUUAUGCUGCCAACCCUUCGACUCUUCCGCUGCUUCUACCACGUCUACGGCGAGAUAAUGGCCACGCAUGUCUCGCAGAUCCCUCACGAGCUCUUGGAGCAAGUAUAGGAUUUACAUUGCACACUUCAGGCGGUUGUGCUGAAGGGAAGUGUAUGGGUACUGGCAACAGUCUUGUGUGCCGUCGGGAGGCAGAGCGCACCAAGUUUCUGGAAGUUGUUGGAUGUCGUGCAUAUGAGCCUGAAUGCGUCACCUGAAUGUGGUAGGAUCACUUCAGAGGAUAUUUUGCGAAGGUAUUUUAUGUAAUUGUUUUGUUUAUGCAGUGUAUACAUACCAUGACUCAUGUGAGUUGCUAUAGCAGUAGCUCAUGACUCUACUGUAUAUUGUGCAGGACUAUGAUAGUGUAGUGUUACAAUCUUCAUUUCCAUUUCACGGUAUCUUGGACGCAUGUUUGCAUGGACAAAUUAAACCUAUACUUCAACAGGAGGGGAACCUCAUCGUCG